AUGGCGAACGUUAAUAGAGCAUUUAAUUUAUUAAGAGAAGCAACUAUUCUUUUGUCCGAAAGAUCAGAGGAUGCAGCAAACACUGAAAAUGACCAACAGCAAAGAAGAACCCCGGAAACAUCAAACAAUCUCUCCAAUCAACCGAAUGAAUCAGCGACCGUGUCCUGUCCUACUACUUCUAGAACACAAUCUACUCAUUACACUGAAUCUAUCAAUACUGCUGGCGCCUCGUCUUUCCAAUCUACAAGCGCUACUACUUCGACUCCUAUAAGAAGCGGGCAGAAUGUUCUAAACCAUUUUAGGACAUUAUUUAGUCCGUACGCGCGACCAUCUCCACUGUGUUCGAAUAGAGGCAGCACACAUGCGUCUUCAGUUUCUGCACGAGGUCUGUCACGAAGGCCUGCAGCGAGAACGAAAAAGCCCAGAUAUGAGAGUUGGACACACGAGAUGUUUUGCUUGUCAAGAGCGUCAGAAGAACAAGUGCCAAAUCGUGAGGAAAAAGAACUCCUUCAGCGUGCUGGGCUAGGACGACUCAAAAUAAAAUUUAAUGCGACGGGAAGCACGCAAACAUUUAAAGAAGAGCUGGAGAACACAUUUCCUAAACUUAUGUGUGGUGGGGGGUUUGAAUUACUGAAGCGCCUUCCUGGAAACAAUCUUGAAGUAAUCCCGCCCCCAGCUAUAGGGUAUAGUGUUGAGCAUUUAAAAAAAUGUGGAAUUGGCCAGUCCAUGCUGUUUAUAAGACCAAUCCAAUCUGAUCUAGAUGUAUCUCCUGAGACUGACACCGACCUGAGAAAUACACCUGAGGUAAGAACAAAUACUGUGACAAAAUUUAAAUGAAGUAGGAGCUAGUGUUGUACAAGAGACAACUAAAUAUAUAUAUCAGUCAAUGGUCAAUCACAGAAAUAGCUCAUAUAUCUUUCCACAAUUACUACAUAUUUGACACAUAUUUCAGUGAAUAUAACUGAAAUAUAUAUUUUUAAAAACACUACAAUAUACAUUUUAUUUUUUUAUUUGUGUGAUGUAGGAUGCAGAGAAUGCUCCCAAAGUUGCAUGUUUACAAUGUGGUCGAUGUGUUCCUAUUACCUUAAUUAGGAAUCAUCAUGAUGAAUGUGUAAGGUAUAUAAAUAAUUGAAAAUGAAUGCUGUUGAACUCAUUGUCACAAUAUGUACUUUAUAAUCACUAUUACUGCCUCAUAGGGCCAUUCCAUUUAAUAAACACCCCUCCCCCCCUAUGUAUGAGGUCAAUAAAAUUUGAACCCCUAAUAAAAAAAAAUCAUAAGUGCCAACAACCCCCAAGAAAUUAAGAAAUUUUUGCAUUACCCCUCAGAAAAUCGCAAAGAUCAAAGGAUGCCGGUGCACACAACCCCUCGGAAACAGCUUUUUCACCCCCCCCCGGAAAUUCUCGUCCAUAGGGGGGGGGGUGUAUAUUAAAUGAAUGGCCCAUAAUUGUACCCAUUAUUGAUUGGCAAAUUCUGCAUAAUUAUUUAUCUGUGAAAUGUUUAUAUUUUUUAAUACCAAGAGCUGUGAAUGCACCAACAUCUGAGGCUGCAUCUGUUUCUGAAUCAACUGACCAGGAUGAUUUCACAAUGGAAAAUGGUGCUAAAAACAACCAGGUCACUUUGGUUAGGAGCCAUCAAGCAGAAUGUGUUAGGUGAGUGUAAGAUUUAUCACUGUCUCAUUUUUAUUAUUCUUUGAAUGUAACACAAUCGAUUAAAUUGAACCACUUCUUCAACAUUAAUUUCUUAUUUUGUUCAUUUAGUUUCAUAAUUUAAAUAUAGCAAUUUUUGAUGUACAGUAAGUGGUAUAUCCAUCUUAACCCAUCAAGCAACAAUUUGACAUUUACCUGUCCAAUCCUAACAUCGUCCAGGUGCUCAUUAACCCAUUGAGUCUCAUUGCGCCCUGAUGCGCCCUACUUUAUUAUUGUACUCUGUCUAACGCCAGAUUAUUUUACUCUGUCUAACGCCAGACGAUUUUACUCGUCAAGGGGAGAGCGCUGGCGCUUAAUAGGUUAACAUUUCAACUCCCAUGCACAUUUGAUGCAAAAUAUUGAAGGGAAGAGUUGCGCAUUAAUAACAACUGAAGACUAUCUGUCCUAACCCCUGCUUAAUUAAUGGGUUAUCGGACUGAGGUCUUUUUUUUUACAAACCGAACCCAUAGGGCAAGGUUUGUACAGAAAGAGUGAUGUUUGAUAUUUCUCUGUACAUACCAAGCAAGCAAGGUUGAUAAAAAGUUAUUAUUAUAUGGCAUUUACAGUAUAUGCAUUUAUACUUGAAACAAACAAGAAAUAUAUGAUUUGAAAUGCAACUUAGUAGCGUGCAACACAUUUGGUCGAAGAAAACAAAAACUAGCAAUGUAUUCCUUCUUUUACACUAAAGACAUUCAGAGAUAUCUUAUUAAUAACAGGAUAAAUUAUAAUUUUCAAAUUUUGAAUUAGUUUUUCUGUUUUGUUUCAAAAUGCCUGCCUUUGUUUUUAUGUAAUGGACCGUACAGGAAAAUAAAUUAACGGCUGAAAGUGCUUCUCAGCCAAUCACAAUCCUCCAUUUCACCGGAAGUGAUGCUUGCCAUGUAAUAAUAUUAAUAAUUUAUAAUGUAUUGUUUGGAUUUAGAAUGCCAUCAACUUCAAAUGCCAGGAAUAAUAGCACCAAUGUCGAUGAUGUAUGUAUACACAUGUAUUGUGUCGUAUCAUUGCAUUUUUAGAUUCUUUGCAAUAAUUUUACAGUAAUGAAAAAAGAUGAAAAUGCAAUGCACUGCCGUAUGGCUAGGGAAAAAGAGAAAAUGCCCAUUCUAAUAGUCAAGUAAUAAUAAUAAGGCAUAGUGGCAUGUGUAGUAAGCAGUGUGUAAGUGGUACAUGUACACACAAAUGAAAGUGCUAUGAUAUGAAAAUUAUUUUUCCAGAUGCCUGACAUCAGAAUGUCAAUGCACAUGCCUCUUCUGAAGCAACUAUUUCCAAACAAAGAGGACUCUAUAUUACAAUCAGCUCUACAAGAUACUGAUUUUGACUUGCAAUGUGCUGCAGAAAUAGUUUUAUCAGGAGGUAAAUAGAUGCCAUUCAGUAUAAAUAUUAAUUUAUCACCGAUAAUAUAUGACAUUUAAUUAAGUUGAAACUAUGGUUUAGUUUUAUGAGCUUAGAAAAUGCCUGUAACUUCUAGUAUACCACACCUAAUGAGUAAUGGUUGCUCACAGUUUGCAUGUCUGCAGAUUCAUAUGCGCCGUCUAGAUGCCCAGAGGUCACCGUGUUGUAUCGUAUGCGCUUGGUAAGAGCACAUUCCUGGCAAAUACUCUGUUGUAUUAAUUUAAUAAUUUUACAGUAUGUCUUACCACUGUAAUCGAAAAGCAACAUGUAAUACAUAUUACAUAUAUAUGUAAAUUACUUUUAGAUACUCGCGAUUCACCAGAGUCAAGUGACACUGAUACCGAACUACUACUAGAUCGUCCUCUUGCUUCGACUCAAGUUAACGUCCUGUUGGAAGAUCCACUUAACGUUUUGAACGAGGCUCCUGUUAACCUUUUUGAAGAGGCCACCCUAGGAGAUGACACCACACCGCACCAGGCAGUGAUGAUUUUCAAGCAAAACACGAUUGACACAGAUGCUCCUCGUCAACUGUUUGUUGUUUGUAGAAAUGAAGGUGUUGAACAGCUCAAAUUAGACAUUUUAGGUGCAUACAAGAAUCCCAGAACCAACUUGAGAGCAACGCCGAGAGUUCGUUUCGAAGGCGAGGAGGGAGUUGGGGCGGGUCCUAUUAGAGAGUUCUUGUAUUUAGCAGUUAAGUUGGUGGAAGAAGGCAUCGACUUUCCUUCCAAACCCAUAAUAUAUUUUGAGGGAGAAUAUGACCAUCGAAUUCCCGUUCAUAAUCAGGCUUUGAGGCAAACGGGGUGUUUUAAAGCAAUUGGAAGAAUUCUGGGACAUUCAUUCUUGCACAAUGGACCAAGUUUUAGUGGGCUUUCUCCAGCAGUGAAGCAUUACUUCUUAUACGAGAAAGGCACCAUAGAACCUCCACCACUGGAGAUAAAGGAUGUGCCAGAUGUGGAGCUUCGAGCACUGGUGGAGGCAGUAAGUGUAGUAAUAAGUACGUUAUAUAUAAGUUGUACAUUAGGAAACUUUAGUAUAAUUAGAUAAACAGGAGGUAAUUUACCUUUAUCUGCCUAAAGUGGUGGGAAUAUUCUAGUUCGAUAUUACGUGGUGCCCACAGGACCACAUUGUGUCCGAAGACGUUUUUUAUAAGGACAACAUUUCAACGUCUUUAGAGAUGUACGUCAUUACUCUACACCAAACGUCUUUACUUCGAACCUUCGCCGCUAACGCUCGCCUGUUCUUUCUCCGUCGCUCCUUAACAGUGGAGUAAGUAUGUAAAUGGCAAUGCGUUUGACCUUAAUGUGAGAUAUUUUAUGGAAACGUGUUAAAUACAAAAUAUACUGUAAUUAAUCGUUAUGCAGUAUAUUUUUGUUUUUAUUUAAACAUAUUUAGAAUCAUUUUCUCCAAGAGCUGAAGCUCAUCGAGGGAGAUCACAGGAUUUUGUUUAUGCAUAUGCAAAUAUGUACUUGUGAUGUUACAGUUAGUCCUUGUAUGUGUUUUAUAUUUUCUUCGAAUUACAUUAAAAACGACCAAAAAGUAUAUUUCGUCUAUUUCUGGUAAUAUCAAGCCUGAAGAAGGGAUUUUAAAAACUUGGCAAGCAGAAAAUUAUUAAAGCUGCUUAGCUGCUGAAUAGCUGUAACGGCUUACAUCAAACCGAAAUUCGACCAUGUCGUGUGUUUAAUUAUUUUGUGUAGAUGGUUAAUGUGCCCAGCAAUGAAUCUUUACCAACCGAUUUACUGGAAAGUCUAUCCCCGUAUCUAAUUGAGGCUGGCAUUGACUUGGAGCUGUCGCACUCCUGUAGGCAUAUGGUAGUGCAAAACCUCUUCAUGUAUUUUGUGAUUGAGAAAAGGAAGUUGGAGCUCGAUGAUAUAUGUACUGGUAAGUUUGUUGGGGCUGAACUCUAAACGCCAAACACGGUCGAGUACAAGGACAUAAUCAACCAAAUCCCGAUGGUCAAAUUUAGAGUUCCAAUACUGAAAUUAAAUGUUAGGUACAGUGUGCUUGGCAGAUGUACAACAGAAUUGCAACUGUACAAACCUUCAAGCAAUGGUGGUCGUUUAUAUUACGGCUAAACAAUCGGAAUUGACCAUAACUUCUAUUAUUUCUCAAUGCAAAAUUAAUAAUUGAGAAAUCUGAAUAUACAACAAUGUACGUUGUAAUACUGAAGUCAUCAUUGUCAUAUUACAUCAAAAGAAGUUCAUUAUCACUCCUUUUAAUAAGCUGAAUCAGCUCAUGUAAGAAGCUCAUAAUACAUAAUACAGUCGAACCUCUAUUUAAACGGCCACCCCCGGGGAUCGGCUCUGUGGCCGCUUAAUAGAGGUGGCCGUUUAAUAGAGGGAUAGAUUAUAGUAUUUGUAUUGCAAAAAUUUCGGGACUUCGAUAUGUGGCCGUUUAAUAGAGGGUGGCCGCCUAAUGGAGGGCCGCUUAAUAGAGGUUCGACUGUUUUCAUAAUACAUAAUAUUGCAUUUUACAGGUUUGGAGACUGUGGGUUUGAAGUCGUUUCUAGAACGUUACCCUCAGAUCAUUGGUCAACUUUUUCCAAAUGGAAAAGACUGCAAAAUAUCUGGAAAAGAAAUGAAAGAGAAAAUUAUUUUUAAUGAUGAAGAAGAAACUGAAGCAAACAAAACAACAAAAAACUUCUUUUUGGAUUACAUAGACCUGAUUGAAAAUAGGAAUGAAGGUACGUACAGUUCAGGGAACACUACCAUUGUAAAAGCGGUGAAGUUACAUGUAGCUAACACCUAAUUCAUUGUUAAUUACCUAAUUAAAUAUCAGUUACAAAACAUCAUAAUGGUGUUUACCAAUUCUAAUUGUUAUAACUGUGAAGCAUUUUUGUAUUUCGAAGCCCACCAAAACAAGUAAGGUUUCAAUUAAUAAAAAUAUUCAUCAAUUGAAACGUUUUUCUCUUGUAGGUGGUGCAGGUUUACUAGAUCUGUGCUGCUUCUGGACUGCCACAAAUAUGUUACCACCUCGGUCAGAGAUGCUGAAUGUCACAUUUGACAAAGAAGGUAACAUGGUGUUGCCCAUGGCAGAAUGCUGCUUUUUAAGUCUGGUUUUGCCUGUAAAACAUGCCACUCUUGAAGAUUUUACAAGGAAUAUGGAUUUGGCCUUGAAAUAUGGCUCACAUGGGUUCACUUUUUCUUGA